ACUUUUUGUUUCUUUCACGUAAUUUUCUAUGCUUUCGGUUUUAUACAUUUUCUGACAGUAAUAAACUCAACUGCAGCCUUUCUUACCGGGCCAGAUAAGGUUGUCGUACUAUAGUGUUAUCAGUGCAUGAUAAAUAUGUCAAGUUUAAAAACUCUUAUAUUUGCAAGUUGGUGAAAGGUGUGUUUAUAAGAGUUUGAGACAAGUACCAGUGUGGAUAACGUAACUUUGCUGAAAUAAUUGAGUUAUUAUAAAAGCGACAUCACGAAAUAUGUUUUUAUUGUACAAAGAGGCACAACAGUGUUUAUAAAAACUUACGUGAAGUAGCAAACGUAGUGACAAUGGAAGGAAAAGACAGUGAACGCAAUGAGAAGGAGGUAGAGAUAAUAGAGACGAUGGAGAAGUUCGGCAGAUAUCAGAUGCUGCAGUACUUCUUCAUUUGUCUGCAAGCCUCUGUCGUCACAAUGUUCAAUGUCAACUACGUGUUUGUCGCUGGAGAUAUCAAUUACAGAUGUCGUAUACCAGAAUGUGAUGGUCAGUAUCCGGUGUACAACACGACGUGGUGGCCCAACACGCACACUGACAGGUGCACGAGGCCGCUGCUUAAGCAGCCGCCAGCCGGAGUGUGCACCAAUAACAGUUUCUCUGACGAAGUCGCGGUCUGCACAGAAUGGGUCUACGAAACUAACAAUACUGUUGUUGCUGGGCUGGAUCUCGGAUGUCAGCCGUGGAAGAUAAAUAUGAUCGGGACAAUGCACAACAUUGGCAUGUCAAUCGCAUUAAUGGCUGCUGGAUGGCUGUGUGAUAGAUUCGGUCGUAAACCAACAUUGAUCAUGUGUUCAGUUGGAAGCUGCGUAGGUCUGUUGAAAAUCUUUACAUCAACAUACUCUGUGUAUGUGUUCAUAGAAAUGCUGGAAGCGACAAUCUCUAGCGGAGCGUACACGGCUGGAAUGGUAUUAAUGAUAGAAAUCGGCGGUAAAAACAACAGAGUUCUAGCAGGAGUUGUAUUCGCUUAUGCUGUUUAUCUUGGAGAGACUGUAUACGCUAUUAUUGCAAUAUUCGUACCAUACUGGAAACAUCUCGUCGUGGCUAUUUACAGUCCUGCAAUAGCAUUCCUCUUAUUAAUAUUUGUUAUGAAAGAAAGUCCUCGAUGGCAAUUAGUAAAUGAUAAAACGGAAAGUGCUAAGAAAACACUAUUAAAAGUAGCAAAAUCCAACAAAGUAAAUAUUGACAAAGAAAAACUGCUUAAUAUAAAUGCAGAGGACUUGAAAAAGGAAUAUAACAUUGGCAGUUAUGAAGAGAGAGAAGGUUUUAUGGCCGUUUUAAAAUCUAGAGAGAUGAUUAAAAGAGCAUUAGUCGCUGGGUUUAGUAAAUUCACUGUUGGUUUCGUGUAUUACGGCUUGAUGAUAAACUCUGUAUUUUUGCCUGGCAACAAACAUACUAACUUCAUGUUGGCUACCGCGAUGUCGUUUCCUGGUGAGCUGAUGUCUCUGUACUUAAUGAAUAAGAUAGGAAGAAGAUUUCCAUUGAUAUAUGGGUUUUUAUUAUGUGGCUUGCUCUGCUCUACAACUGGUUGGAUACCUGAAGCAUACACUUGGCUUAAAAUAACCGUAUUCCUGUUGGGUAAGUUGAUAGUGUCAGUUUGUUAUACCGGAGUGAUUACAUACACAAUGGAACUGUUCCCUACAAGUGUGAGAGGAACAAUGCUGGGUGUGUGCUCCGUUUGUGGCGGCAUAGGUAGCAUGAUUGCACCUUUAACUCCUAUACUAAAUUCAGUGUCUAUAGUUCUUCCACCGAUGAUAUUUGGUAUAACAGCGAUAGUCUCUGGUUUACUUCUCAUACGAACCCCAGAGACUAAAGAUGCGCCAUUAAUGGAUACAAUACAGCAAGUUGACUUAGCGCAGUCGCUGAUCCCAAGGAAAAAUAAAACUGUACAAAACGAAAUUACGUACAGAUUUAAUAAAAAUGAUAAUGAGUGA